AUGGUCAAUGGUCUUAUCGACUGGAGAUUUCCUACCACUCCGCAAUCUUCGUUGCUGAACCGCACCAUCCACUAUGUGCGUGGUAGAUGUCUCGGCGGCUCAAGUGCGCGCAACUACAUGGUCUACAAUCGCGGUGUCUAUCCUUACUACCGCAAAUCGCCACACUACACACCAGCCAAUACACACCUACGUGCUACCAAUACAUCUGUGGGAACAGUCAACGAGAGCCCAUCAUUCGCGAGAAGCGGUGGACCUCUUCAAGUCAGCUACCCGAACUUUGCACAGCCUUGGGCCUCGUUCUACCCAAGCGCUUUCGAGGAGAUCGGUAUUCCGUCUCUAAGUCAGGGAGUCAAUGCAGGUGUUCUUGAUGGCUAUGCGAGUAUCACAUUGACGCAAGACCCCAUUGAUAAAUUCCGCAGCUCAUCUGACGCUUCGUUUCUCCAGAAAGCUCUUGCUUCUACUGAUCUUGUGGUCUACACGCACACAAUGUCCAAGCGUAUUUUGUUCGAUGCCAACAAGACAGCGAUCGGUGUCUCAGUCGAGGUCAACGGCGUGCAGUUCCAGAUCAAUGCUACUCGAGAAGUCAUCCUGUCUGCGGGUGCUUUCCUGUCCCCCCAGAUGCUGAUGGCUUCUGGUGUUGGACAGCGGGAGAUACUGGAUCACCAUAAUAUUCCAGUGGUUGCAGAUCGUCCAGGAGUUGGACAAAACAUGUGGGUGGCGCUUGCGUAUGAGUCUAACGUGGAGACCCCUUCGGUGCUCCAGAACGAUCCAACGAGGAUUUCUCAGGAGAAUGAGGAGUUCCUUACGCACAAGUCUGGACUGUUGACAAGCAAUGGUGGGUCUGAUAUUGUCGGAUUUCUCAAACUUUCGAACCAGUCUGUCACGAACUUGAGCUCGGAAACUGUGAACGACUUCCAGGCAAACUUCCCCCAGGAUUGGCCAGAAAUACAGGUACUAUCGUAUGCCAUCGGUCCGAAUGAUGGCAUCAACCAAUACGCUGGCUCUGCAAUCGGAUUACUUGCCACCUUCAGUAGGGGAAACGUGACAAUCAACUCGGCAGAUAUGUCAGACGCCCCCAUCAUCAACCCAGCUUACCUCACAGACAAAAGGGACCAAGAGCUCGGCGUCGCAGCGUUCCGGUUUGCCCGGCGCUUGGCUGCCACCGAGUCACUGCAGCGAGCGAUCAUUGGUGACGAAGUCGUCCCUGGUCCUGGAGUCGCGACCGAUGCCGAGAUACUGAGGUCCCUGCAGCAGAGCAUCACGCCAUUCUACCAUGCGUCGUGUACGUGCAAGAUGGGUAAGAGGAACGACAGCAUGGCUGUGGUAGACUCAGAAGCAAGAGCGAUUGGCGUGAGUGGUCUCAGAGUGGUUGACGUGAGCGCGUUCGCUUUGCUGCCUCCUGGACAACCUCAGGCUACAGUUUACAUGUUGGCGGAGAAGAUUGCGGAUAUGAUCCUGGGGCAUGCUUGA